GCCAGCUCACUGUCGGUGCUGCAAAACAAACGCCAUCUUUAGCUGACAGGCAAACUACUGAAGCAGAGUUGUGGGGCGAAACUAGGUCAGGCAGACGACUGGAAAACGAAACCACUUCUGAACAUUUCUGCUUUAUAAGCUUUCCGCGGGUGUUAGCUAACCUCCCGACACACCACGCUGUCCUAUGGUCCAAUGUGUUUGAUCCGUCCGCCAGCUCGAACGCAGUUUUCUUGUGUCGGUCCCGGUUGACGUUAAGUGAUCGCCUUUUCUGACAAUCAGCCGACGGAGGUGAAAGCCAGGAUGAAACGAGGUCUGCAGGGGAAUGAACAGGAGGACGGAGGUGGCACCAGCAGCGGGUCUCAGGAGACUCUUAAACGGUCCCGCAAGCAGAGGAGGGAGAAAGAUCCGGAGGAGGAGGGAGUCCGCUGGGGGUGUCUGCCUCAGGAGAUCCUGCUCCACAUCUUCCAGUACCUGCCUCUGCUGGACAGGGCUUACGCCUCUCAGGUGUGCCGUGGCUGGAACCAGGCGUUUCACAUGCCGGAGCUGUGGCGCUGCUUCGAGUUCGAGUUGAACCAACCAGCCAGCUCCUACCUGAAGGCCACACACCCAGAACUAAUCAAACAGAUCAUCAAAAGGCACUCCAACCACCUGCAGUAUGUGAGCUUCAAGGUGGACAGCAGCAGAGAGUCUGCAGAGGCAGCGUGUGACAUCCUCUCUCAGCUCGUGAACUGCUCUUUGAAAACACUCGGGCUCAUCUCCACGGCCAGACCCAGCUUCAUGGAGCUGCCUAAGUCUCACUUCAUCUCAGCGCUGACGGUGGUUUUUGUCAACUCCAAAUCCCUCUCCUCCCUGAAGAUCGAUGACACACCUGUAGACGAUCCCUCCCUCAAAGUCCUGGUGGCCAACAACAGUGACACCCUCAAACUGCUGAAAAUGAGCAGCUGCCCUCAUGUUUCACCCGCAGGCAUCCUGUGUGUGGCUGAUCAGUGCCACGGCCUGAGAGAACUGGCACUCAACUACCAUUUGCUGAGCGAUGACCUUCUCAUCGCCCUCUCCUCAGAGAAGCAUGUUCACCUCGAGCACCUUCGCAUCGACGUGGUCAGUGAGAAUCCUGGCCAGCAGUUCCACACCAUCAAGAAGAGCAGCUGGGACGCCAUGGUGCGCCACUCUCCUAAAUUUAAUCUGGUCAUGUACUUCUUCCUCUAUGAGGACGAGUUCGGCCCUUUCUUCCGCGAUGAAAUCCCUGUUACGCAUCUGUACUUUGGCCGCUCCGUCAGUAAAGACGUGCUCGGCCGCGUUGGCCUCAACUGCCCGCGUCUGGUCGAGCUGCUGGUGGUGUGCGCCAAUGGGCUGCGGCCGCUGGAUGAGGAGCUGAUCCGCCUCGCCCAGCGCUGCACGCAGCUGUCGGCCAUCGGCUUGGGGGAGUGCGAAGUGUCCUGUAGCGCCUUCGUGGAGUUUGUCAAGAUGUGUGGAGACAGACUGACGCAACUAUCCAUCAUGGAGGAGGUACUGGUUCCAGAUCACCGCUAUGGGCUGGAUGAUAUCCACUGGGAGGUGUCAAAGCAUUUGGGUCGCGUCUGGUUCCCAGACAUGAUGCCUACCUGGUAGAUGUCUGGAGGAAGAUUUAAGUUUUUGUGGCUGUGUGUCCCUUGGAGAACAAUAUUUCUUGGAGACGCCCCUCAUCUUUCUCCUGUUUGUGAGAAAGGCCCUUUCUUUUUCACCCUGAAUACAUGAAGAAAUUGCUUCACCUCGAGCUUUGAGCUUUGAUUAUUUAAUAAUGAUAUUAAUAGUAAUAAUACAUUUUAUUGAUAGAGUGCUUUUCAGGGUAGUCAAAAACACUCAACACAAGUUAAAAUGAUCAUAGAGUCAGUCUACAAACAGUCUAAAAAUAUAUCAUACAACAAAAACCACACAUUAAAAGCAGAGUUUUGAUCAGUGAGAAGUGACAGAUUGGAUAAGUCUCAUAUGUGUUUGGGAAAAAAAGUGGCCGUGGAGAAGUGCCCUUGGUCUGAUGCUUGGUCCUGGAGGUGGAUAUAGGAGGUCGGUAUCAGAGGAGCGGAGGCUGUGGGAAGGAGUGUGAAUGUGGAGCAGGUCAAUGAGGUAUGAGGGGGCCUGGUUAUGGACGACUUUGUAAGUGAGGAGAAAGACUUUUAUUAUAUAUUUUUUUCCUCUAUUUGUCAUGUUAUCACUUAUAGCAUUUAGCACCUUGUCUUCUGAGCCCUUUCUUAAAGGAAUACUUCACCUGCAAACUUACUCACCGUGUGUCACCUUCAGUUUCGUGACAAAAAACCUUUGUUUUUCUGGCAUGCCUCCACAGUGAACGAAGAAUCCAAAAAAGGCAAACAUUCUUCAUGAAUUGAAGUAAACAGUCAGGGACCAUGGUUAACAACAGCAAAACUAUGUCUGCUUACAAACUCUCACACAACUCAUGCAAUAUAAUCCAUUUAUCCAGUCGUAUGCUCAGCACUUCCCAAACACAUUAUUUUUUGCGUAAACAUUAUAAUUUUUGGAUUCUCCGUUCACCGUGGAGGCAUGCCAAAAAAGCAGUCUUCUUCACAAAUCCAACGUAACGUGUUGAGUGAUUGUCAAAUGGUCAUUUUGUAGGUGAAGUAUUCCUUCAAGGGCUAACACCCUGUGAUUGGUUUUCCAUGGGAAUUAACAGGAAUGUCGGCAUUAUUGGGAAUGAAUGGGAAUUUGUGGGGGUUAUUUCAUGUACGCAGCCUGUCUUUACUGCAUUAUAUACAGACAGAAACAAUACCAUUUUGUCAUAUCAUAGGAGAGCAUAAUCUUUCUAAUAGAAAUCACAAAUUUCAAGUUUAAUUUCAGUAACUUUACAUACAGAUGUUUUCCAUUAGGUGGCAUCACCACACUGAAAGCAAAAUGUCAGAGACCAGGCAGUGUGGUAGCUCAGAAAGCAGUCUGCAUAGUCACCAUUAUAAGCCAGUAUGUUUUGGUGAUAUCUAGUUAACGUCAUAAAAAGUCCUACUUCUUAUCUGUUAUGGAAGGUUUACAACCCAAUAAUGACACAUGGUAACUGUACAGGAGUAAGAAACAUUUCAUUAUGAAGGGACAGUCACCCUCAGUGUGACGCUUGUUGUAGACUGGAUGGCUGACCACAACACUGUGGUCAGGUAGGCCAUACUGAAGCACACAGUGACAACAUGUUGAAUACAUUAGGUUUUGUUUUGCUCUCCAUGCUCCUGCCUCCUGUCAUCAUGUCUCUGCUUGACGUCUUUGCUUAGUUUCUGAGUCACUGCAUCUCAUUUAGAAAAAAUAGAGCUGUCUCUUACUCUGUGUCGUUUCAUCUGCCUGUUUCUAAGGACAGCUGUUUGCAAAGGUGGUGCUCUUCAGUGACUCUGGCCAUAAUCAUCUUACUCUGUAUAUACUGUAUAUAUGUAGAGAGAGUGAUGUUUGGACAUAUUUUUGUGUGUAAUGUACAGUAGCUUUAUUUCUGCUUGCCUGACCCACGUUCCUAUCAAGACUGUAAAUAUCAAAAUGUUAUACUGCAAAACACACGGGAGGAAAGAAUUUUAAUUGUGGGCGUUAUAUAUUUGUACAUUUACCGAAUUCUACUGAUGCACUUUUACUCUGAUGAAGUUUAGCGAGAUGAGCUGCAUGAGAUUAACGUAUUUUGCAGCCACAUGAUGAUAAAACAUUGGUGGCGAUCAGUAAAUCUGUCAGUUCUAUGCGUCACCCAAGGUAGUUUACUUGCUUUUUACUGAGUUUUCUAUUCUUAGAAACAUUUUCGGUUUGAAGAGAUUAAAUUGGCAGGUAGGAUUAUUUUCAUUGUUGAUAGAUGACGGGAAAAAAAUAAUUGAGACUCUAGGAAAGGGACAAACAAAACGUGAAAACACAAUCAUUCAUAGUCUACACCACUUGUUCCCAACUGGUGGUUCGCGGCCCAAAAGUGGUCUGAAUGGGCCACAAGUGACACCCCAAUAUGUUGAGGUUGUAAAAAACACACUUUAUUUUGAAAUACAGCAGAUUUCCGGCACAGAGCUUUUAUUUUGAAGUGCCGUUUCCCGCUGUAGAGUGAGGGAAUAACUGACAGCUGCUUAACAGAGACAGCAAACUAGCUCAAUGACAUGGCCAAACGCAAGUAUGAAGCUGACUUUAAACUAACGACUAAGGAGAAAUCUGGACCGUGUGGCUGGAACAGAUGGGAACCACUGGUCGAUACCUACUUAAUCUACUUAAGUAAAUAAAGGGUCGCCCCGUGAGGAGCUCUCAAAUUGAUUGACGGAUCUUUAUUAAACAAAAUAUAAGUUAUUAAUGUUUCCUAACAUCAGCCAUGUCUGUAAACAGCAGAGAAGAAGCCCACGUUUCCAAUUAUGACCACUCGACAAAGAUACAAAACGUAUAUCUAUCUUCAGUUUUUCUCCUUGUGUAUUUAGCUCAAAUUUACUAAGUAACAGAACUGCUCCAAAUAUUCAAACAGGGCUGCACAAUUAUGACAAACGCUGCACUUUAUGCAACAGGUUUCAUACAGGAACAGGCUGUCCUACAAUACGAACACACAACAGGUGCCACAUCAUCCAGUAACCAGUGCUCAUGUAUAAUUGAUAAAAAUCACGACCUUAAUGAGGUAAUUGUGCAGCCCUGACGCCAGGACAGUGUGACAGCUGAAUGUUGAUGUAACUGAAUGUUUGCCUGAAUGUGUGAGAGUUAAAUAUUUAUGUCUCACUGUUGUUUUGUUGCAAUAGAGUGAGUAAUAAUACGUUGGAAGAUGUCUUAAGGUGGUGGAUGUUGUAGUCUGUGGGCGCCCUUGGACUGUGCAAUGAGAGAUCUGUAAAUCAUUAUGUUGAGUUAACAAUGGAUUCUUGUUUUACAAGGUUGAUGUUCAUCCUUUUUUGGUGUAUUUUGCUUGUAAAUGUUAAUAGAAAAAGAAAAUCUUCACAUUAAUAUUUCUUCGGUUGCUGCCCUCUCAUAGGGACCCAUCAUGUCUUAAUUUUCUGUUUUCUGUCUCUGAGGGUCAGCGAGGCCUGGUGAUGGACUUUACCCCUUACAUUUUGUUGUGUAUUUAUAAAACCAUGCCAUCUGCUGGUUGAUAUUAACUACAUUUGUAUGGAAUGCUUAUAGAUGAUUAUUGUAAUAUUCAAGAAUAGGCCAAAUAAGGGCUGCAGUUUUUUAUAGAGUGACCAGUGACAGUGUGUUGUUUUUAUUUUAGCUGAACAAGUACUGAGAAGAUUUAUUGGAAGGUAACCUCUUGUACUUUUCCCAAAGACAUGUAAUAUUUGAGUUAAGUUCAUAGCCACAUUAAAAAUGUCUGUUUGAAUACGUAUUUCAUGUCUCAACUAUAAAAACAACACUGUUGCUUUAA